UCCUAGUGCGGGAUAGUACGUUACGUACGAUUCGUACGUCAGAUCAUGGGAAAAUUGAACAAAUUGUACGGUACAACGAUAGAAUGAAUUGCAAUUACAACUACCACACCCUAGUUACGAAUCUCCUUGAUCAAAAGAUUGUUGUGGUGUUGCAAGAACGCUCAUCAUAGCAGACCAGGAAAGAAUUUGACGAGGCACUAAAUCACAACGAUGACUGGCAAAGAAAGCACUCCACUCCUCCAGAAAAACGGGGAUGGAAACAAUUUCUACUUUAAGAAACUCCAGAAGGAAGGAAGCAGCUACGAUUCGACAACCGACGCAGACGGCGGCCAUGUGGUCGAAACCCUUCCACAUGGUUCGAGCGAGGAAGACUUCGCACCAAGAGCACUUGGUGAAUCUAUCAAAGUGAGUGAGCCAAGCAAUGUCCAACUCAAAUGAAGCCGAUUUCGACGGGCCGAAUUGACCGGCGUAGGUAGUGUAUUUAAGUACUUUUGCGGUCUUUUUGAACAUCGAUUGGAUCGAAUCCUUCUGUCUAUUCCCCUCCUUGUGUUGGCGAAUCUGAAAUAAUAUCCAACAGACUAUACUACUUUUAGUAAUCUUACCAAACUCACUAUUGUGCGUCAAUCUUGAUUGUGAACUACUAUAAUGAAUUGCGCGAACAGAAGCAAAGGAGACCAAGCGAACCCACUGGAAUUUUCGGGAAGUGGUUUGGAGGCAGCAAGAAAAACGAUGCUAACGUUUCCGAAACAAGGAUGAUCAAGCCACGAAAGGCACCCAUCAAAGUGGAGCCAAAAGUUUUUUUUGCGAACGAACGUACUUUCUUAGCGUGGAUGCACGUUUCUAUCAUUUUGGCGGGUGCAUCGGUGGCGAUUUUGACCUUGUCGGAUUACGAAAACAUCGAAAAGCAACUCUACGGUCUGAUCAUGCUACCCGUUGCUGUCGCCUUUCUUGUUUAUGCCAUGUACCAGUGUAAGUUUUCAAAAAAUGCUUUCGUAUGGAGGUAUGAAAGGGUUGUAAAUAUGAGAAACAUUUUGCGAAGUAUGCUCAUCCUGCUUCUACGCCAUGCGUGCCUUACUACAAUCCACUACACUCACGAUGACAACAACCAAUACCAAUGCGUUGAAAAAAACCUAAAGAUGUCAAACGAGCGCACAUGCUCCGAAAUAAACUCCCUGGACCGUACGAUGACACCGUGGGACCGACUGUUCUCAGUAUCAUGCUCAUGGUAUCGAUUACUGCUCAAUUUGCAAUUAAGAUGAUAUCCAGCGCAAACAGAGUAUAAGUCGUAGGAUUCAUUGCCGUCUAUGCUUGUUCUAAAUAUUAUUCAAGGCAUACUAAAACCUUUUCUGAAGUCUCCGUCGCAAUUUUUUCAAUCUAUUGCGUGUGUUUUUCCACAGGAAUUAUUUAGAGAUACAGUUCCGUUAUAAAACUAAUAUUUUUUG